AUGAAGAUCCCGGUAGCAGUCCUGACCCUGUGGGUUGCUGCAUGCCUUGGUCAGCAGCAGACGGUCUGCACCAACGAGAUGGCCACGUCCGACGACUGCGCGGAUGUGAUCAACCCCAUAGCCUGCUACAACCAGUUUGGCUUCAAUGGUGCACGAACUCUAAACUGCAUCGAUGGCAAGAACGACGCCGACAAGAAGAGAAAGGUAAGCCGAAGUCCUUCCUUCCUCAGCCAAGCUGUGCUGACAGCAUCGCAACUCAGGCGUGCAAGUGCUGCAGCUGCAUUGGCACACCAUAGCGUAAAGAUCGCCCAACCCAGUGGUUACAAUGACCCUCGAUUUUAUCUUGUCCGCAAGCUGCUUCGAAUUCUGAGGGACCGUGCUGUUCGUCGAUUGCAACUCUGGCGGUCCAUGGCCCAAUAUUCAGUUGCCUCGACCGUACUUGAUGAUGCGGAUGGCAUAAUUUGUCGUGCCAAUCACUACAACUCGGUCCACCCUUUCAGGAUGAUCUUCGGCGACAAGUAA